AGAGAGAGAGAGAGAGAAAACAAACUUCCCUCCUGCAGUUGGACUUUCCCAGCUCAAUUGGACUUGAGUUCUGGAAUGGAUUUCCUUUGAUACUUUGGAUGCCACUGCACAACUUUGGCUUUUGCACACAGACAGGAUCUUUAGGGAAGUUUUUGGUGGCAGUGAGAUAAUCACACAGGACUGUGUGUCUGUGUGUGUACUCUGGGAUAAGUGGAGCUGUGGUUUGAGGCGUGUGUAUUUGUGUGAUAGGAGCGUGCUCGGAGCUAUGUCAGGUGUUACACGGAAAGGUUCUGGGAGACCAGGAUAUUACUACAGACUACUGGGUCGAACGAGGCUACAGAGACAACGUAGUCGUUCUCGGAGUAGAAGCAGAACCACAAACAAUAGGGACUCUCCACCUGAGAGGACAGGGCGGAGACGUAGCAUGCCAGGCUCCACCCCUGACAAAGCCCCACCCACAAUGGAGCCCACUGCUACUGCUGCUACACCCUUCAGGGUCACAGGGUUUUUGAGUCGCAGGUUAAAGGGCUCAAUAAAGCGCACUAAGAGUCAGCCUAAACUGGACAGGAACAGCAGUUUCAGACACAUCCUUCCAGGCUUUAGACCUGUGGACAACGACAGGUCUCAUCUGAUGCCCAGGCUGAAGGAGUCGCGCUCUCACGAGUCUUUGCUCAGUCCCAGCAGUGCAGUAGAAGCUCUGGACCUCAGCAUGGAGGAGGAGGUCCUCAUUAAACCAGUGCACAGCUCCAUCCUCGGACAAGAUUUCUGCUUUGAGGUAAGCACCUCCACAGGUAGUAAGUGCUUUUCCUGUCGAUCAGCCGCAGAGAGAGACAAAUGGAUGGAGAACCUGCGACGAGCUAUACACCCUAAUAAGGACAACACUAGGCGGGUCGAGAACACUCUUCGGCUCUGGAUCAUCGAAGCGAAGGACCUUCCGGCCAAGAAAAAGUACUUUUGUGAACUUUGCCUGGAUGACGCCCUUUACGCCCGCACAACCUGCAAGCUGAAGACAGAUAAUGUCUUCUGGGGUGAACACUUUGAGUUCAAUAACCUCCCUACUCUCCAGAACAUCACAGUCCACCUGUAUAGGGACUCGGACAAAAAAAAGAAAAAGGACAAGAACAACUAUGUAGGACUGGUGAGCAUUCCAGUGGUGACUGUCACGAGCAGGCAGCAGGUUGAGAAAUGGUACCCGCUCAGCCAGCCCAAUCCAGGAAAAGGGAAAACAGCAGGCCCUAUGAUCCGCAUCAAGGCCCGGUACCAGAGCAUGAACAUCCUGCCUAUGGAACUCUACAAAGAGUUUGCAGAGUACACCACCAACAACUACAUGCUGCUCUGUUCUGUGCUGGAGCCAGUCAUCAGCGUCAAGAACAAAGAGGAGAUGGCCUGUGCUCUGGUGCACAUACUGCAGAGCACCGGGAAAGCCAAGGACUUCCUGACGGAUCUGAUGAUGUCGGAGGUGGAUCGAUGCGGGGAGAACGAGCACCUGAUCUUUAGAGAGAACACACUGGGCACUAAAGCUAUCGAGGAGUACCUCAAACUGGUCGGACAGAAAUACCUGCAAGACGCAUUGGGUGAGUUUAUAAAAGCUCUGUAUGAAUCUGAUGAGAACUGUGAAGUGGACCCAUCCAAAUGUUUAUCUAGUGAUCUUCAAGAACACCAGAGCAACCUCAGGAUGUGCUGUGAGCUGGCCUUUUGCAAGAUCAUCGAAUCUUACCGGUGGGAGAGAGCAGUGUGUAUUGUAGAUGCAAUGGCAUCAUCAGUGGAGCGGUUGUUACGUGUCUUUCCACGGGAACUUAAGGAGGUGUUUGCAUCAUGGAGGUUGGAAUGCAGUAACCGGGGCCGACCGGAUAUCAGCGAGCGUCUCAUCAGCGCCUCAUUGUUUUUGCGAUUUCUGUGUCCUGCCAUCAUGUCGCCUUCACUCUUCAACUUGACACAGGAAUACCCUGACGACCGCACUGCACGCACACUCACUCUAAUUGCUAAGGUUACGCAGAACCUUGCAAACUUCACCAAGUUUGGUAAUAAGGAGGAGUACAUGUCCUUCAUGAAUCAAUUCUUGGAGCAGGAAUGGACCAACAUGCAGCGCUUCUUGCUGGAGAUCUCCAACCCAGAAACCAUCUCGAAUACUGCAGGCUUCGAGGGCUACAUUGAUCUGGGCCGAGAGCUCUCCACCCUGCAUUCCCUGCUAGCUGAGGUGGUGUCCCAAAUGGACCAGAGUGCUGCCUCCAAGCUUGGCCCAUUACCCAGAAUUUUGAGGGAUGUUCACGCAGCCUUAACAAACCCAUUGAAUGUACAGAUGAGUGCUCCUUCUGAACGUGUGCCCUCCCCUCCAGUCCCGGGGUGCAGCAUCUCCACUGGAAUACAGAAGAUGGCCAUCGACACUGACCUACCAGGCCCACUGGACUUCACUCGCCUCCCUUCCCCCACCCCUGAAAACAAAGACCUCUUCUUCGUCACACGAUCCUCCGGCCUUCAUGGCUCCCCAGCCCGUAGCUCCAGCUACUCUGAGGCCAAUGAACUCGAGCUGGGCCUGGCCAAUGGUGGCAAGAGCCUCUCCAUGGUGGACCUCCAGGAAGCGGCGAGGGCGUUAGAACCAAUUGUCAUCCCAGCAGGUAUAACUUCAGAAGGUUUAGGUGAGGGUUCCAUGGUUCCUUGGAAUGCACGGACUCCACAAGGCAAUGUUUCUGGAGGCCCCACUCUUCAUAGGCCAGGACAGACUCCCACUACCCCAGGGGCAGAAGGAGCCCCAGGCAGGCCUACACAGCUCCUGGCCCCACUGUCCUUUCAGAAUCCAGUUUACCAGAUGGCUGCAGGGUUGCCCGUAUCACCUAGAGGGACAGCAAGUGGGGAUUCUGGGUCAGAGUGUCACAGCUCCGUCAGUUCCCAUAGCAACAAUGAAGAGAGUUUUGGAGGAACCAAGAUCACCUUCCUAACCCAGAUGGGUGGAGCGGGAGAGGAUUUUGUGAGACGUUCUGGAGAUUUCUCAAGACGACAGUUAUCGCUAACUGAUGCGCAGCAUGGAAACCAGCCUAUGGUUCCACGGCAGAGUAGCACUGGUCCCCAGCGGCGGAUUGACCAACCGCCGCCACCCACACAGACUGCACCCAGAGGGCAAACUCCGCCCAAUCUAUUGAACUCCGCCCCCUAUCCACGUCCUUCUAAUAAUACUGUGAUGUCGUCUUCACCUGAUUGGCCUGGAGGUGGCGCACGGCUUCGACAGCAGAGCUCCUCCUCCAAAGGGGACAGUCCAGAAACAAAGCAUCGUGCACCGCAUAAACAAGCCCCGUCUCCUGUGAACCCCAGUGCACUGGACCGUACUGCUGCCUGGUUGAUGAAUGUGCCAUAUAUAGAGCAGGAGUCUGAGACAGAGCUAUGCAGAGAUGAGCACACACAAGCUGAAAAGUAUCAGGCGGAGAUCUCUAUGCUGCAGGAGAGGCUGCGUGUGUCAGUUCAGAGGCUGGAGGAAUGUGAGGCUCGGCUGAAGGGACAAGAGGAGCAGGCGCAGAAGAUGCUAAUGGAGUACCAGGCCAGACUGGAAGAGUCUGAGGAGAGACUGAGACGGCAACAGGAAGACAAAGACCUGCAGAUGAAGGGAAUCAUCAGCAGGUUGAUGUCUGUGGAGGAAGAGCUGAAAAAGGAUCAUGCUGAUAUGCAGGCCGUAGUUGACUCCAAACAGAAGAUCAUUGACGCACAGGAGAAACGGAUAGCAUCUCUGGAUGCAGCUAACGCAAGGCUAAUGAGUGCUCUUUCACAGCUGAAGGAGCGCUAUAGCAUGCAGACGCGGAAUGGCAUCUCUCCCACCAACUCCACCAAGCUGCAUAUUACAGAGAAUGGAGAGUUUCGUAACAGCUCCAACUGCUGAGCGCAGACCCAUGGCAGCUACAUCCACAGAGAGAGAGAGAACAGAAUUAAGAGAUAGAGGGCAUGAGCAAGUGUGUAGAUAUUGUGCAAGUGAAUACUGAGAGAAAUCAUUGCAGGUGAGGAUUUCUACUGGACAGACACUGAACACAUCAAACUUUUCCAGUUGGUAAACUGAUUGUUUGUAAUAGGUACAAGGUCACUUCAAACGCUGGUCUUUGAGACUACUGCUGGUCAAGAACUUCAGCUUAGGACACACCACUAGACAUUCAUGUAUGUAUCAGCAGUUAACUGUACAAGAAAAUAAGACAAAAUAAUACAAAUGAGAUAUGGUAACAUUAUACAAACAUUAUACAGAUACUAUGGCCUGCAGUUUCUAUCCGAAGUCAUUUCACUUGCUUCAAAAUAGGUGUUCUCCAUAUGGCCUUUGCAAAAACUAGAUUUUGUGUGGCACAGUUACUUGUAAUGGUCUCUUCUUCUAUAAUAUGAAAUCUUUUAGAAACGGCUGAAACUAGAGGAUGAGCGACUUCAACCAACUGCAGAGAAUUUAAUGCUCUCCUCUAUAUUGCAUCACUUCCUUUUAUGUUUUUACCACUUUCUACCUACAUAGUGCACUUUGUCUCUCCAUCAUGAGAAGCCUUAAAAAAAAAAAGGAAAAAAGAUUGCAUAUGUAAUAUCCCUCAGUCCUAGCCUUGGUUAAAUAUAUAUAUAUAUAUAUAUAUAUAUAUUUAUUUAUUUAUUUUUUAAUUUUGUUUAGUUAAGAUGAACAUUUUUGAUAGAUUAUAAUAUACAUAGAUUUUACAAAGAAUAACUGCAUUUUACUUUCUCCAUCUACAUAUUCUUUCCAUGUAAUUUCUUUAAUUGUUUGGUUUUCAUCUGGACAAAUGGCAAAAUUUGGUAGGAAAAAAAUUUAAAUGGCAAAAUGUUCCUUUCUGUAAAUGAAUGGAAUCCUAAAUGUUUUUCUGGGUCUAUUUCAUACAGUAUAUGCCAAGACAUUAAAUUAGCACAAAUUGCUGAUAAGAAGCAGAGAAAAUCUUUUAGGUGAACACUAAACCAGAUCUGCAUCAUUUUAGUUUGUGGUUUUAAAUAACUGUCUUUUCUCAUGUUUUCUGUCUCCAAUCUUUGGAAAACAGCUUUGAUUUCAUUGAUUUCUUUCCCCCGGUAAAGCUUGCUAGUUUCAUUUUAAUUCCCAAAUCAAGUGUUUCCUUUGUCUGUGUAUGUAUGUGUUGCCUCAUCAGUCCAGUUUGCUGCACACUGUCAGCAUUUAAGAGUUUGAAUAUUUUUGUAUUCCUUUUAAUGAGGACUUUCUGCUCGGCACUGAAUUGCAGCGUGGAGCUGCAGGUUUCCUUUAACUUCUGUUUUUGUUUGUCUACAAGAAAAUGAGACACAUGCUAUGCCUCUAUAUUGUUGCAAAGCUAUAUAGAUAUGUAUUGUGGCAACUAGCCCUGGGACAUGUACGAUUUAAAUUGUAUUUUUCCUGAUAUUUUUAAAGAGACCUCUAUGUACAUGAGCUCUGUAGUGGUGUACUAUGUGAAUAAUUUAAUAUUAUAUAAAAGCAACCCCCAAGGUCACUCUGAAGCAAAUGAAUCUUGUUACAGUGUUUUUGUUGUUGUACUGAUUUGUAUAUGAAAUGUGGAAUCAGAAUGAUUCUGUUGGAGAUAGUAAUGGAGUACAUGGAGAACAUUUCUAAGCACAAACUGCAUCCCUCGUCCCUGCUUCUGAAAAGCCUUUUAUGACUAUGCACUUUUUUUCUCUGACUGAACAUUUUCCAAGUCCUUUGUUUUGUCCACCUGGGUUUACUUCACUCCAUGAAGAAGUAGCGAACUCAAGGUGCUCAUUAAUAAGCUACUGAAGUACGCUUUAAUUUUAGCACUAUAUGAAUCGUACCAUUCUUGGCAAAUUACAUGUAGCCAAAUGUUUUAAAUCCUUCAGUACACACAAACAAAUGUGUACAUCACAUGCUCUGUUAAUGCCCUGUUAAAGUGGUUUUGAAUUGACUUAACACUUCAGCACUGUACACCAUCUGUAUAAAAAGGAUCAGUAUCUAGGGUCACUGAAAAUUCAUUUGAUCAGAGAGUUUUCUCAGACAUGGCUGUCAACGCCUCCGUUUGUUCAUGUUGUGUUUUUAAUUAGGUCUGAGGCCUUACAGAGUCAUCGCGUCUAUUUUCAGCCACUUGAGAAGAAGCUACUGGUGAGUCAAAAAAAAAAAAAAAAGAAAAUGUUUAGAACAGCAUUGAAUGAAAAAGACUUUGCUGUCAUCUCAGUUUCUUUCAUCAGGUGUGUCUUUUUCUGGAUUCUUUUUAGUUUCAGUUCUCAAAGUUUAGAAAAGUUCUGAAAGUACAACUGUUUGCUCAGUGUUUUUUUUUCAGCUGUCAAUGUGAAAUAGUAGCUAUGUGAAAAAAAAUAUAUAAAGAUAUACAGAUCUAUAAAUGAAUACAUAAAAUAUGUUGAAUGUUUUAUAAUCCUUGUAGAAAAUACUUUUGUAAGUAUGUUUGAAGUAAAGUAUUGGCUGGACUCUUGCCUUUGUUUUAGGACAAUGACAAGAACAAUAAUGUACAUAGAAAUGUGUCCAUGUUAAGAACUAUCCAAUUGUGGCUGUGCAAUUUAUGUACAUUUGCAACUAGAAUAAAUAAAGUUUUAUUUAGUUAUUU